AUGAUCAAGAGUCGACACUCUCCCCUUUUUUUUAACUCUUUCCUUUCUCUUGUUCUUUUUUCUUUUUUUUUUAAAUCGUUCUAUUUCUGCUUCGCCGUUUCCUCUCCCUCUAUUUUGCAUUUUCUUUUCUCUCACAUUCGCCUUCCUUCUCUCUUUCGACAUGACCUCUCUCUCUCUCUCUUUCUCUCUUUCUUUCUCUCUCUCUCUCUUUCUCUAAUCAUAACUAUGUCUAUUUCUUUCUUUUUUGCUCUUUCUCGCCUUUCUCUCUCGCCAGCUCUCUCUAUCUCUUUUACCUUUUCUUUUUUCUCUUACCUUCUCUAUCCCUCUUCCGCUGCCGUGUCACUCUCUCUUUCUCUGUCUGUGUCUUCACCCUUUCCAAUCAUCUUUUCGUCUGUAUCUUCCUUUAUUCUUUUACUCCCUCUCUUUGUUUUUAUCUCUUUCUUUUCUUUCUCUUCUACAUUUAAUUUCAAAUCUUUGUCUGCAUGCCAUUCCUUCCGCAUUUUCUUUUUCUUUCUUUCUUACACUUCCCCUCUUUCAGUUUCCUUUGCUCUUUCUAUUUGCCUUUUUCUCUCUUUUUUAUCUCUUGUUUCUAUUUCUCUUUCAUCUAGUCUUUCUUCAUCACCCCCCCCCCUUUUAACUUUUAUUUUUAUCUCUUUUUUUCUUUCUUUUCGUUUUUUUCUUUCUUUUUUUUUCUUAUAUUUCUUUCUUUCUUCUCAAUGUUUUUCCUCUAUUUUUCUUUCAUCUAUUUUCAUUUCGCUUUUUAACGUUUUUGUUUCAUCUCUCUCUCCUUUGAACUGUUCUCUCUCUCUCUUUCUCUCUCUCUCUCUCCCUUGA